AUGUCCGGAUAUGAUCGAGCUCUUUCAGUGUUUAGCCCUGACGGGCAUGUCUUCCAGGUGGAAUAUGCUAUGGAAGCUGUGAAGAGAGGAACCUGCGCUGUUGGAGUAAAAGGCAAAGAUGUUGUCGUUCUGGGCUGCGAGAAGCGCUCCGCCCUCAAGCUGCAAGAUACCCGUAUCACACCCUCCAAGAUCGCCCUGCUGGACAACCACGCCGUCCUCGCUUUCGCCGGUUUGAAUGCCGACGCUCGUAUCCUCAUCGACAAGGCUAGAUUAGAAGCCCAGUCGCACCGAUUGACCGUUGAGGACCCCGUUACCAUCGAAUACAUCACCAAAUACAUCGCUGGCGUGCAGCAGCGGUACACACAGAGCGGUGGUGUCAGACCUUUCGGUAUUAGUACUCUGGUUGUAGGAUUUGAUCCCAAUGACAAGGUCCCUCGACUAUACAUGACCGAGCCAUCGGGCAUCUAUUCUGCUUGGAAAGCAAAUGCCAUCGGCCGCUCUAGCAAGACCGUGCGGGAGUUUUUGGAGCGUAACCACCAGGAUGAUAUGGACCAGGAGCAGACGAUCCAGCUUACCAUCAAGUCGCUGUUGGAGGUUGUGCAGACGGGUGCGAAGAACAUCGAGGUGGCCAUUAUGGCUCCUGGCAAGGCGCUUGAGAUGCUUCCCGACGAGCAGAUCGAGGCUUAUGUCAAGAGCAUAGAGACGGAGAAGCAGGAAGAGGCAGCGAAGAAGAAGACCGGCCGGACAGGGACCACGACCGCGGCCAUCCUCACGCGGCCCGGCGGCGGAGAGACCACCGAGUCGACUCGGGAGUCGGCCGACUGA